UGGGCGCACCUUUGCGACGCACGGAAGUUCAAAGCUAUUUCAAGAUAAAUUUCGCAGAAGAACCAAGAUGUUUGGCGGAAAAAAGUCCACCCCAAUCAUCCUUCUCGUCAUUCUACUUCUUCAGGAUGCGCGCCGAUGUUCUGCAGGGCUACCGAUACCCAGCGGUGUCACUUUCCUGGGUAUCGGGUAUAACAUCGUCGAGGGUAACCCUGAAGGGGGCGACAUGGCCACCGGGGGCGUUGACCCCGGACUCCUGGUUAGUCGGUCGAUCUUCGUCAUGACGUACGACGAGGGUAAGAUCACUAACGAUGGAAAGUACCAGAUCCCGGACGAGGUUAACUUUGAACUUCGGGACGCCGCCUUUACCUCGUCUUCAGCGACCACCUUUCAUGGUACUUCCAGUUAUGCCAAGAAGCUUUCAGCUCAGGUGUCUGUUGGUGGUGGAUAUAGCGGCUUGUUUGCUAGUGUUGAAUUCGCCGCAAGCGCCCGUUAUCAAAAAAUCGAGUCGCGAACGAGCAGCGAAGGUUAUAUCUACUACGCGAAUGAAACGUAUCAAACUAUGGCAACGCGCGUUACUUGA